AAUAAGAAUGUACAUUCAAGUGCCUUACAUAAGUAAAUUGUGAAAAUGUUUUAAUCAGUGAAAGUGUCAACAGAGAAUGGAGAAGGGAAUCAUUACAACAUUUUGUCUUAUUAUUAAAUUAGUACUUUAGUGAAAAUCAAGUGCAAUACGUUGCUAUGACUAAAGAUAAGUGAAGUGAAGUGACAAUGAAGAACGAAGCAAAAGAGUGGGAGAAGGAGAGACUUAAUCCUAAUGGAUGGUUGUCAUCCCGACCAAGCCAACAGUUUAAUGUAGUCCGGAGGGUUUAUCAGCAGGAUGUGCUGAAUAAGGACGCCGACUACCAAGUACCCGAUAAGCCUUUGAGCUAUCGCUGCAAGAAGGCGGUCAAGAGUUGUGGCUUCGGCGAAUGCCUGCUCAACUCUGUACCGAUUGCGCGAUGGCUACCCCGGUACAGUGCCGGUCGCGACCUGGUGGGCGACCUUGUCGCUGGCGCCACCACUGCAGUCAUGCAUAUACCUCAGGGUAUGGCAUACGCGUUGCUCGCAGAAGUUCCGCCCAUUGUGGGUCUGUACAUGGCCUUCUUCCCAGUUCUGAUCUACGUUAUCUUUGGCACCUCGCCGCAUGUCUCCAUGGGAACCUUCGCUGUCGCUUGCCUGAUGGCGGGAAAGGUUGUUACUCAAUACUCGACUCAUCCUGAUUACGUUAAUUUAUUAAAUGCAACAGCAAAUGUUACGACAGGUGGCGUUAUAGCCGCUCCGCAGUACACUCCACUACAAGUAUUAAGCAUAGUUUGUCUGUCUGUUGGAUUCUUUCAGGUGAUAAUGUGGAUGUUACGUCUCGGGGCUGUCUCCACCCUGCUGUCAGAACCUUUGGUGUCAGGUUUCACGACGGCCGCCUCAUUCCAAGUGCUCUCCUCUCAGCUUAAAGAUCUCUUCGGUGUCAAGAUCAGGAAAACAGGACCGAAUUACAAAGUUGUCUUAACAGUUAUAGAAGUGGUGAAGAACUUACCUAGCUUGAACUGGGCGGCGGUGAUCAUCUCUGUCAUCACCUGCCUCAUCAUCGCACUCAAUAACGAAGUCUUGAAGCCGAUAGUUAGCAAGUUGAGUAGAGUGCCAGUUCCUGUGGAGCUGCUGGCGAUUGUUGUGGGCACGCUGGUCUCCAGGUUCGGCAGCCUCAAGGAACAGUUCGGGAUAACACUCGUCGGAAAUAUACCAACAGGUCUACCAGUACCCGAGGUGCCGCCCGUCGAGUUGUUCCCGUCUGUGGCACUCGACGCGUUCACAAUCACGAUGGUCACCUACACUAUAUCCAUGUCUAUGGCUUUAAUAUUUGCUUCCAAAGAGAAAUAUGAAAUAGAUGCGAACCAAGAACUUCUUGCUUUGGGUGCAAGCAACGUGUUCGGAUCUUUCUUCGCAUGCGCACCAAUCUGCGCCAGUCUGUCCCGCUCCUACAUACAGUACCAGGCGGGCAGUAAGACGGGCAUGACGACUGUGGUAAGUGCGUGUCUGAUCCUGUGCGUGUUGCUGUGGAUCGGACCGUUCUUCGAGCAGCUGCCGCGUUGUGUGCUCGCCUCCAUCAUCGUCGUCUCUCUAAAAGGAAUGUUCAUGCAGGUCAAAGAGCUGCGCAAAUUCUGGCAACUAAGUAAACUGGACGCUAUCGUGUGGCUCGUCACUUUCCUCACCACUGUUCUCAUCAACAUUGACAUCGGUCUGGCGGCGGGUCUGUUAGCGAGUGUGGGCACGCUGUUCUGUAGAUCUCAGAAGCCCUACACCUGUUUGCUCGGCCGCGUUCUCGACACCGACUUGUAUCUGGAUAUUAAGAGAUACAGAGCUGCGGAAGAAAUUCCUGGCAUCAAGAUCUUCCACUACUGUGGCGGUCUGAACUUCGCGAGCAAGAACUUGUUUCGAUCGACGCUGUUCCGUAAGAUCGGCUACUUGAAGCCCACAGACACCGCACAAGAAGAGGAUAACCUCACCAAGAGCGAGUCUUUCGAGUGGGACCCCACUAUUGGACAUAGAGUCCAAUGCGUGAUAAUAGACGCUACGGCGCUAUCGUACGUUGACGCACCAGGCAUCCGCAGCCUGGUGGCGGUGCAGCGCGAGCUGGCCACCAGCAGCAUCACUGUACUCCUGGCUGGAGCUAACGGUCCAGUUUUAGAAAUGAUAGAUCGAUACAAUUCUUUAGAAAGUGAACAAUUACAAUUAGACACUUUCCCUACAGUACACGACGCUGUAGUUUACUAUAAAAUAUUAACUUCAAGAAAAGACGAACCCGCUUUGACUAUUGUAUCAUGAUUGUUAAAUAUUUUCAUAGAAAUAACUGGUUAUAACUGUGAAAUAACAGAUAAAUAGCUAUUUCCAAGCGUUAAUAGCA